GUCUUGACCUUCCACGGCAUCGCAGUGACACCAGACGGCUCUCGUCUGGCGUGUGGAAGUGCCCAUAGCGAGAAAGACGGCCCAUUCCUGCAGACGGAGUCCUUGGCGCUUCUUCCACCUCUUCCGAUACACUAUCAACACGCAGGGACGUCCCUGCCACAUGUCGUUGCUUUUGCCGUCACUCUAGGGCACUGACUGCCCUCUGUCGUCGAUGAGCGCCGCAUCGGGUCACUACGACAUGGCCCAGGGCGAGGACCAUGGCGGCGUGGUGCUGCAGCACAUGUCAUCCGACUCAUACAAGAAGGCCGUCGCACAGGUACAGGUAACCCGCACGCACAGCCAUCCAUCCACAGGCAGGCCGCUCGAUGCCAUUCUGUGCGUGUCAGAAUCGCGCGUGGACUCCCGAGGAGGACAAUGUGCUGUAUCAGCUGGUGAGUAAGUUCGGCCCACGGUGGACGGAGAUAUCCCGUACGCUCAAGGAACGACUUGGCGUAGACAGACUUGGUGAGCGACACGCCGAGCAACGCACGCAAACAGCCACCAAGAGGCUGCCUGUCGUUCACUGUCUGUCUGUCUGUCUGUUUGGUGCUUGCAGGCAAGCAGUGUCGUGAGCGUUGGUACAAUCAUGUCGACCCCAACAUCAAAAGGUAGGCGGAUGAUCAGUCAGUCAAGGAGGGGAUCAGACGAGAACCAAGCUUCUGUGUGUGUUCCCCAGGGGCGAGUGGACGGCCGAGGAGGACGCAUACAUCCUCGAGAAGCAGGCUGAAGUGGUGAGGAUGUCACGAGAAACUGGGCAAGUGGCAGGCAGUGGAUGGUUGUCUCGGCUGGGUGUGGUGUGUCAGGGUAACCGUUGGGCCGAGAUAGCCAAGAAGCUCAACGGCCGCACCGAGAACGCCGUCAAGAACCGAUUCAUCUCACUCAUCAACAGAAACCUGCGAGCCGUGCAUCUUGGUGCGAUCACCAUACACACAAUAUAACGACCCUAUCCAUUAUGUUCUCUGUGUCGCUUGCAGCGAUGAGCAGCGAGAGCAAGCCCGCCCCCGCUGCUAUGCCUCACUCCCUGCCCUCUGGCGCCGCAGCCCCGCCCCCCCAUAUGCAGACACCCUCGGGCGACAUCAGGAGCCCUGGCGACUCAUCCACCAGCAGCGGCCCCACUGGACCGCCCGCCAUCGACGGCGGCGCUGGGCUGAUCGCACAGGGAGGUGCUGCAGCGGCAGUGGGCGACGCGCAGCUACCCAUGGAUCGCAGAAUGGUCGGCCCAGGACCACCAUCGGCCAGACCACCGUCUCAGUACCGCCCGGUGAUGACUGUUCCCCCUCCAUAUGGGUCCCGUCCGCCCCAUCCCGGCCCCAUGUUCGGCGAGCCACCGUCGUUCCCAUUGACGUAUCGGCCACCGCCAGCAGCUGCUGCGGGCUAUACUGUCAAGACAGAGGUCGACGAAGCCGGCAAGGGAGAAGGACCCGGAUCGCCCUACGGCGGGUUUCCGCCGCCUCCUCAUGGGCCGAUGUUUGGUCGCCCUGGUCCCUCGUCGGAGCUUCGUCCGAGGCCGCCGUCGCAGCCGUAUAUCUCGUCUGGGCAGCCGCCGUUCGACGGCCACCAUCCCAAUGGCAUGGGGUUCCCGCAGUACGUGCCGCACUCGCCCCCACCCCACCACCCACCGCCAUUCGAGGGAUCAUCAGGCCCGCCCCUGCCAGGUCCGUUCUCGGCUGAGGUCAAGCAGGAGGACCACCCGUCCUCUCCCCCCUCUGCGUAUGAGCCAUCCUUCCACCACCCACACCCACACUUCCCCCGCCACCCCCAUGGAUACCUCCCACACGGCCCGCCAUUUCCACCGCCCUCCGGGCCACCACCCAUCGCUCACUCGGUCUGUGUCGACGGCGAGCCCGACCACGCGCACGCUGACGGGCCGCCAGUGAGUGUGUCGGCGCCUUCGCAGGGGGAUGGGCUUGUGUUAGGGCCGCGGGAGGGGGUGCUGCACCCUUCGCCGGCUUCGCUGGCCCCGCCGCCAUUGGGUCUGAAGCCGAGCAUCUCUCAAAUGAGCGACGACGGCUUCUCGGUGAGCGACUUCCUGGUCUCCAGCAACAAACUACCUAGGACGGGCGGGUAAGCUGGCUGACACAUGGAGAGCGGGCCGAUUCGAGUAUGAUACUGACUGAUGUAUGUAUUGUCUUUUGCUGUCUGCAUCGCAUCUGUUUUUCAGUGGAUCUCCGGCACAUCUGAGCGGCGCUGAGGCCCUCGUGGAUCAGUCGAUGAAGGAGCUGGUGGAGGGGGAAGAGUGGAAGGAAAAACUCCAGAAAGUGGGCGUAAGUCUCACAGCAACAAAGACGACUCUCAAUGCUCACACCAUCCUUCAUCCCCUUGUCUGAAUCUCAGAGUGACAACCGCCCCAAGAGCAGCCGCGCCCCCCCCUUGUCUGGCGUGCUCGAGACCAUCACUGAGGCCGAUGAACAGCUGGAGGCAGAAACCGACCCCGCAGCACAGGACGGCCAGCAGCGAGCUCAAGCGGCACAAGACAAGGGCGUGCCAUCUGGGGCGAGUCGCGAGAGCACUGGUAGUGCGGGUGGUGGUGAGGCAUCGGGGAAGGAGGCUCCAGUGCCAGAGGCAGCGCAGAACGAGGAGGAAGCCAUCCGGUCGGCCUUCACGGGAGGAUUGUUUUACAGAUACAGCCGGCCCAAACGCAAGUUCAGGACGUGCCCGCCGUCAGAGGUCAGUCUGUCAGUCACCCGCACAACAGGGGGGAGACGUCUCGUUGAUUGAUGGGAUGUACCACCAACCAUCUCUCCAUCUCGUCUUAUCUUGCAGGUGGCGGCGGCGACGGUAGCCAUGUCCAGUGACAGCAUGACGGCCCGCCUGCGAGCUGAGGAGAACAAGGUGCGCUUCGAGGGAGCCGACGCACCAGCUCCCUCACAGCCACGACCAGCAGCAGCAGCAGCAGACGACCCGGUCAUGGAAGGCGACACGGACAUGGCUGGCGGCAAGAGCGUGCUGCCUCAGAAGCGGGCCAGAGAGCAGUGAGGGGUGACCAAGGGACUGAUACAUGACACGUACAGGCAUUUUUCGCCUCAUGUCGUACCGAUCACAUCACGUCUGUUUCCUUUGCUGGGCGGGCACAUAUGUGGGCCGAUGGGGGGCGUUUUCAAGCGAGCUGUCACUGUCGGUGUCAUGGGUGCUUUGAAAGAGGAGAGGCGCAGAGAGGGACAGGACGGGCAGGCAGGCAGGCAGGCGGGCGUGCAGAGAGAGGAGAGGGCAAUUUCUGGUUCUGGUUGCUCAAACGUGAUAUAGGACUGCUUGUACCCUGCUGAUCUCUCUUGUCAUUUGCUGCCGUUGCACGACGGAAUGGCAUUGCAUCCAUGUGUGCGCGUGGCGCGGUCGGGGUGUAUGUGGAGCGCCAGACCAGGACAUCUGGCUCUCCAUCUACGUUUGGCCGCUGUCAUGUGAGCACGUGGAUGCGUGUAUGCCGUGGUGCACCUACAUCAACAGCGUGUCUGUUGUCACCCUUGUGGAGUAUGUGUGAGGGUCUGUUGAUACGACUUGUGUGCACGGGCAUGGCGGAGGCGUGUGCUGACUCGCCUCCAUUACCAGCGGCGCGUAUCAAACGCACCCGACAUGCACGUGCACACGAGUACCGACAGACCAUGAACACUCGCUGCCCAACGGUUCCAUCUAUCUAUCUCUCUAUCUCCCUGUAUACUACUGACGACCACUGCCUUCCUCACUACCACUUGUCUCUCUCCCACCAAACGUCCCGUGGCUGAAUUUUUGCCCAGCCUCCUCUCUGCCUCCCCGCCUGACUCUCCGCCUGUGGGCCUUCGUGCAUUGCUGCUAGUCACUACUCGAUGACACAUGCAUGGGGGCACAGCACAGCACACGCACGCACCUGCGUCGCGUGUAUCUGUCCAGAGGAAGGGUCUUGGCUGUUUUUCUGUCUGUCUGUCUGUCUGAUGUGAGUGCGCAUCCAUGAGCGAUUGGUUCAUUGGUGUCGGCCGGUCCGUCCGCAGGGUGAGCUACGUCUACAUGCAUGAGUGUAUGAGGUGAUUAUGGACGGAUGGAUGGAUGGAGGAGCGGACACUAUUUUUUCUUCAUCUAAACAACAUCAGAUCUGC